AUGCCGGCGGCGGCUGGGGUGCUGCUGUGGUGGAGCUGCUGCGUGCUGGCGGCGGCGGCCGGGGCCCCGCGGGCCGCCGCGGCGGCGCAGGCAGUGUGUGCCGGCACGGAGAACAAGCUGAGCUCCCUGUCUGACCUGGAGCAGCAGUACCGGGCCCUGCGCAAGUACUAUGAGAACUGCGAGGUAGUGAUGGGCAACCUGGAGAUCACCAGCAUCGAGCACAACAGAGACCUCUCCUUCCUGAGGUCUAUCCGAGAAGUCACUGGCUAUGUGUUGGUGGCUUUGAACCAGUUUGAAUACCUGCCCCUGGAGAACCUGCGCAUCGUCCGUGGCACCAAGCUCUACGAGGAGCGAUAUGCUUUGGCCAUAUUCCUUAACUACAGGAAGGAUGGGAACUUUGGACUUAGGGAACUUGGCUUGAGGAAUCUGACAGAGAUACUGAAUGGAGGGGUGUAUGUUGGCCAGAACAAAUUUCUCUGCUUUGCAGACACCAUUCAUUGGCAAGACAUUGUGCGUAACCCCUGGGCCUCCAACUUCACUCUGGUUCCAACAAAUGGCAGCUCAGGAUGUGGUCGUUGCCACAAGUCCUGCACAGGACGGUGCUGGGGGCCAACAGAGAAUCACUGCCAGACCUUGACGAAGACCGUGUGUGCAGAGCAGUGUGACGGACGCUGCUACGGGCCCUAUGUCAGCGACUGCUGCCACCGGGAGUGCGCCGGGGGCUGCUACGGACCCAAGGACACCGACUGCUUUGCCUGUAUGAAUUUCAAUGACAGUGGUGCUUGUGUCACCCAGUGCCCGCAGACCUUUGUGUACAACCCCACCACCUUCCAGCUGGAGCACAAUCACAACGCCAAGUACACCUAUGGGGCUUUCUGCGUCAAGAAGUGCCCGCACAACUUUGUGGUAGAUUCCAGCUCUUGUGUCCGGGCAUGUCCCAGCUCCAAGAUGGAGGUUGAAGAAAAUGGUAUUAAGAUGUGCAAGCCCUGUACUGACAUUUGUCCUAAAGCAUGUGAUGGCAUCGGGACAGGGAGUUUGGUGUCAGCUCAGACGGUGGAUUCCAGCAACAUUGACAAGUUUGUAAACUGUACCAAGAUCAACGGCAACCUCAUCUUCCUUGUCACUGGGAUUCAUGGAGACCCAUAUCACACGAUCGCUGCCAUCAAUCCAGAGAAAUUAAAUAUCUUCCAAACAGUGAGAGAGAUAACAGGGUAUUUGAACAUACAGUCGUGGCCUGAGAACAUGACAGACUUCAGGGUGUUUUCUAACUUGGUUACCAUCGGUGGGAGAGCUCUCUAUAGUGGCCUUUCCUUGCUCAUCCUAAAGCAACAAGGCAUCACUUCCCUGCAGUUUCAGUCCUUGAAGCAAAUCAGCGCUGGCAACAUCUACAUCACAGACAACAGCAAUCUGUGCUACUACCACACUGUCAACUGGACCAGCCUCUUCAGCACCCCCAGCCAAAAGACAGUGAUCCACCGGAACAAAAGGGCAGAGAACUGCACUGCUGAUGGGAUGGUGUGCAAUGAGCUGUGCUCCAGUGAUGGCUGCUGGGGGCCAGGCCCAGACCAGUGCCUGUCCUGCAAGCGCUUCAUCAGGGGCAGGACCUGCAUAGACUCCUGCAACCUCUAUGAUGGGGAAUUCAGAGAAUUUGCAAACGGUUCUGUCUGUGUGGAGUGCGAUCCCCAGUGUGAGAAGAUGGAGGAAAACAUGAUCACGUGCUACGGGCCAGGACCUGACCACUGCACAAAGUGUUUCCAUUUUAAGGAUGGUCCAAACUGUGUGGAAAAAUGUCCUGAUGGCUUGCAGGGGGCCAACAGCUUCAUUUUCAAGUACGCCGAUGAGGAUCGGGAGUGCCAUCCGUGUCAUCCAAACUGCACCCAAGGGUGUAGAGGCCCCGCUAGUCAUGACUGCAUUUUCUAUCCAUGGACACGGCAGUCCACUCUGCCACAGCACGCUAGAACCCCCCUGAUUGCUGCGGGAGUUAUUGGUGGCCUCUUCAUCAUCGUCAUCAUGGGCCUGACCUUUGCUGUGUACGUUCGGCGCAAAAGCAUCAAGAAGAAGAGAGCGCUGCGAAGGUUCCUGGAGACUGAGCUUGUGGAGCCCUUGACCCCGAGUGGCACAGCACCCAAUCAAGCUCAGCUCCGCAUCCUGAAGGAGACAGAGCUGAAGAGAGUCAAGGUCCUGGGCUCUGGAGCCUUUGGAACAGUGUACAAGGGGAUCUGGGUCCCUGAGGGAGAAACAGUAAAGAUUCCUGUGGCCAUUAAGAUCCUGAAUGAGACCACCGGUCCGAAAGCCAACGUGGAGUUUAUGGAUGAAGCUCUCAUCAUGGCCAGCAUGGACCACCCACACCUGGUGAGACUGCUGGGCGUCUGCUUGAGCCCCACUAUUCAGCUGGUCACUCAGCUGAUGCCUCAUGGCUGCCUCCUGGAUUAUGUCCAUGAACAUAAGGAUAACAUUGGCUCCCAGCUCCUGCUGAACUGGUGUGUCCAAAUAGCUAAGGGAAUGAUGUACCUGGAAGAGAGAAGACUUGUCCACCGGGAUUUGGCAGCCCGUAAUGUCCUGGUGAAAUCACCAAACCACGUGAAAAUCACUGACUUUGGCUUGGCCAGACUUUUGGAAGGGGAUGAAAAGGAGUACAAUGCUGAUGGGGGAAAGAUGCCAAUUAAGUGGAUGGCUCUGGAGUGCAUACACUACAGGAAAUUUACUCAUCAGAGUGAUGUGUGGAGCUACGGAGUCACCAUCUGGGAGCUGAUGACUUUUGGUGGGAAGCCAUACGAUGGAAUCCCAACUCGAGAGAUCCCCGACCUCUUGGAGAAGGGAGAGCGGCUACCCCAGCCCCCAAUCUGCACCAUUGAUGUUUACAUGGUGAUGGUGAAGUGCUGGAUGAUUGAUGCCGACAGUCGGCCAAAAUUCAAGGAGCUGGCUGCUGAAUUCUCUAGAAUGGCUCGAGACCCUCAGAGAUACCUGGUGAUUCAGGGAGAUGAUCGUAUGAAGCUCCCAAGCCCAAAUGACAGCAAGUUCUUCCAAAAUCUUCUUGAUGAGGAAGACCUGGAAGAUAUGAUGGAUGCUGAAGAGUAUCUUGUUCCUCAAGCCUUCAACAUUCCUCCUCCCAUCUACACCUCCAGGACAAGAAUCGAUUCCAACAGGAACCAGUUUGUGUACCGGGACGGCGGCUACGCUGCGGAGGUGCCGAUGCUGUACAGGGCUCCAGGCUGCAUCAUUCCAGAAGCCCCAGCUGCUCAAGGAGCCGCAGCAGAGAUCUUUGAAGACUCUUGCUGCAAUGGCACGAUGAAGAAACAGGUGGCAACCCUGGCAAAAGAGGACAGCAGCACCCAGAGGUACAGCGCUGACCCCACCAUCUUUGUUCCCGAGCGGGUCGCGCGGGGAGAGCUGGAUGAGGACGGAUACAUGACACCUAUGCGAGACAAACCUAAAACAGAUUACCUAAACCCAGUGGAAGAGAACCCGUUUGUUUCCCGACGAAAGAACGGAGAUCUCCAAGCUGUGGACAACCCGGAGUACCACAGCGCUCCCAGCGGGCAGCCCAAAGCGGAGGAUGAGUACGUGAACGAGCCGUUGUACCUCAACACUUUUGCCAACACCUUGGAAAAAGCCGAGUACCUGAAGAAUAACUUGCCAGAGAAAGCCAAGAAGGCCUUUGACAACCCAGACUACUGGAACCACAGCCUGCCCCCACGGAGCACCCUCCAGCACCCGGACUACCUGCAAGAGUACAGCACAAAAUACUUUUACAAACAGAACGGACGGAUCCGGCCCAUAGUGGCAGAGAAUCCUGAAUACCUCUCCGAGUUCUCCCUGAAGCCUGGCACUGUGCUGCCCCCGCCGCCCUACAGACACCGGAAUACCGUGGUGUAGUGGCUGUGCUCUCACUCAAGUGGAAAGGCAACCCCUUCUAGCUGCCUCACUCAUACUCCCUCGCUCCCCCUUUCUCCCUGCCCUUGCUCAUCCUCCCUCCCUCCCUCCCUCUCUUUCUCCCAUGAGCUUCCUCUUCUUGCCAGUUCACUCAUUUUUGAUAUUUCUAAGUGGAAGGAUGUCAUGGAGUUGGUUGCAGAUUGGGUUGGGAACCUGGAAGGAAGGAAGGAAGGAAAGAGACUGAAAGAAGGAGUGUGCAACGUGGCCUUUCCCACUUCCAGCAGAUGCAGAGGUUGGACGCCCAGAGAAGCCAGCUGGUACUAGGAAAGGCCGGUGGCAGUACUGCUGAUGAGCACGUUCUCAGUGAUUCAACCAGACACUGUAGGGAAAGCCACAGAAAGGCUGAUUCUUUCAACAGGAACUGAUGAGAGUCUGUACAGCAUUCCUGGAAAUCUCCAUGCAAUUUCCAUCAGGGUGAAAAAUGGACAAUUUUUAUAUCCUGUGUGAUAGCAUAGUAAUUGAGAUUGAGAAUGCAAUUUCUUUCUCUAACACUUUAUAUCCCAGCAACUGAAAAUGGCUAACAUAGCUUUUCAAAAACAUUGAGAUCUUCAUUGUGGCUUUCCAAGAAAUGAUAAUGUGACUCCCACAUAGAGCUAAACCCUUCUUCUGAGCCACACCGUGAUUUUGUGCCAAUUCCCAGCCACAGAGACUCCUGAUCAGAACUGGUACGUGACGUGACCAUUUUUGUACGUGUGCCAACACAACAAACACUUUAAACACAAAAUACCUUUCAGAAGAGAGUAACAGAACCACACCUCCAAUAUGUGUUCCUUUUGAAGCUAAAAAACAGGCCAAGAAAUGAAGAUUUGUAUGCCAAAAGCUUUGCUUUCCUGUUUUAUACCUGCUGACUAUAAACACUUCAAAAGAUUGUCAGUAAUUCUUCCCUCUUUUCCUUCUUCAUGGUCAUGAAGGGAGCUGGGGAUGCUGUCAGGCAACACUGAGGACAAGACAGAGAACUGAAGAGUUUGAUAUUCUGUGGGGUGGGGUGGGAAGGGUCCUUUAAACUGGAAGACAGACACUGGACUGGAGAAAACGCACAUAGCGGUUCACUGGAAAGUUAGUUUGCACUUAACCUCUAAUUUUAUUUGAAUUUUCUGGAUUUUGAAUGAAGCAAUAUGGAAGUGACCAGCAAAAUACAAAAUAAUAAUUUUAAAUUAAAAAAGAAAUAUAAGUUAUUUGUAAAGGAUGACUGUGGAAAUGCCAAAAUGAAGAAAAUCAAGUCUUUGGAACAAUGUCUGCCACUUCUGAGAGGCCAAUGCAGUGACUGCUUCAGAGAAUACAGUGGCAGAGCAGCCAGCUCUUCCUGCUGCUCUGUGAAGGACAGCAGAGCAAGCCCUGGAAAGGAUCAGGGGAGGAAAGUGUCCUGCUCUGGCUUGCAGCGCAGUACAGAAUACCAUUUUUCUAAAAAGAGGAAUACUCUGGCACAGAAGACAGUGCAUAUGAGGUUUGAGAAAUCAAAAUGUGCAUGAUUUGCAGAGCUUUCUGUCAAAAAUGUAAAUAAGUAUGAGUCAGUCUCCUUGCACUUAGUUCUGCUUUUAUCAACCUCAGAUUUUAGGUAGGCAUCCCCUGACCUGCUCCUCUUUGGAAAUCUCUUUCAAACCAGAGUUCUGGACAUUUUUAGAGACCUGGGGCAGAUGGAGCUGGGAAAGGAGGCGUAAGGGCCGGAGACACCAAGGCUUGCUCCUGGCACACCAUGACCACAUGUGUAGCGGCAUUCGUGAGCCUACUUCCCACCAAACAUCUUAAGGAACUGUUAGGUACCUUUGGAGAUCUGCCUGUCCCUAUCCAUCAAGGCUUUUAAAGGGAAGAAACAAUACCUGGUGCGUGGCGAUCUUGGGUGAUGCAACAGCAUUUAAGUUUAUGUGCUUUAGCUCUGUUAGGGCUGACGUCUUUGGGGUGACCUAACCUGGCAACAAAACCAGAAACUGGAAUGGCAUCACCGUCCUCUAAAUUCCUGCCAUUCCAACAGCUUGCCACCUUUAAUCUUAGGGAAGCAGAGGAAGGGAGUAAGAAACAAGCAAUAGUUACCUGAAGCUUAGUGGCUGAGGCUCAGCUUGCCAAAGGUGUGAAGAGGUGUUAAACCUGGGUUGGUUGUCACCCUUGUAGGUGGAAAACUGUGUGUGACCAGAAGGCUGGGCUGUUCCUGCACCAGGUGUGUCCAGGCCAGCUGCAACCAGGUCUGCAUCAAGUACAUAGCUGAAGGUUCUGAAAGCAGAAAGAGCGGGUACAGAUCUUUGAGCUGUUAAAAGGAGAUUGGGUCAAAUGGUACUGAGGUGGUUUGUGGUGAUAGGACCAAAUGGCCAGCAGACCGCUGGAUAUGAUGGAUAUAAUCCUGCACUGAGGGGCCUCUUGUGGUGCCUCUGGUAGCUCCUCACCAUCUUAGGGACGGGGGCUGGGGCAUAGAGGGUGCCAUGAGGCCCUGGGGGGCUGCUCCAGGGAAGGUUUGCCCACAGCAGUGCUCGCAGGCCAAGGUCUGCCAGGCUGCCUGGGGACAGAGACCAGCACAGCAAUGUGGGCGCCCCGUUUCAGCACAGCAGCUGCCUGCAGCACCAUGGGUAGGUGGAGAAAGGUUGGUUUGUCCCUGAACAAGUCUUGUAACAGAGUAACUCCUAAUGGAGAAAAAAUAGAAAAUAAAAUGCUGGUGCAGCUAACGUGCUGGAAUUCAGAGAUGAACUCAGAGGCUGCGGGGGCAGACAGAGGCAGGCACAUCUCCAGAGCCAGGCACUGGGGUGGAGCUGUUCACACGAGGUGAGGCCUUUUUGUUUCUCUGGUAAUGAAGUAGUGCUCGUGUUAGCAACAGGCCCAUGGAGUAAUCCAAAUGUAAAUACUGGUGGGGUUUAACAGUUUAACAUUUUAUUUCUUACAAGGCUCAAAUUGUUUAUUAAUUUUAUUUGUUGACUGUGGGUGUGCUAUAAUAUAUUAGGUAACGUGGAAAUGCAGAGGUUCCUGCAAGUGGAGCGGCAGGAAAGCUGGAACAGGAGCUUGGGCUCUGCCUGACAGCCAGGAUGAGCCAUGCAGAGCCAUACUACUGGGGUCUGGGAUAGCAGAGGACAGGCAGAGACUUAAUGAACACAGUGAUUCGGGAUGAGGGAGAACUCCACACACUGCAGCUUCACAAUAUUAUUAUUAUUAUUAUCAUUAUUAUUAUUUUCUGAGCUUCUGGUUUGAGUUGCAGUUGUCAAAGCUGGCUCUUGCCCUAUAGAUGGGCCUGUGUGGUGCUGAGGCUGCUGGUGAGCCAGCCCAGAGGGCUGCAGUUAUCUGAACCCUGCCCCUUUCUUCUGGAAGAGGAGUUCUGAGCUUAGCUGGCAGGUUUUGCCUCUUUGCAAGAGAUAGUUUAAUCACAGCUAAAGAAAAAAAAAAAAAAAGAAACAGAGAGCAGAAGUGUUUGGCUGCUUUCAUCUGAUCAGCAGAAACACCUGGCUGUGCUUAACUCACACCUUUGCCUUACUGGGUGUUGCUGCUGGCUUGGUGAAAGAACUUGGGCAAGUGCACAUGGCAGUAUCAUGGCAAGCAUUCAGCUGGGAUUCAUAUGGGAGGAAAGAUGAAGGCCAAGCUCUUUAAUGCACGAUGACAGGUUUUGGGGAAAAGUACAAAUAUCCACACGCUGCAUGUUGUCAGCACAAAGCAGCAGGUGAGCAUAUCCACAGAAGCACUUUGGGUGUAAUUCACUCUCUAGUGCUACAGAGGCAUCUGUACACAGCACACUUAGGUUUGGUGGGUUUUAGAAUGCAGUCUGCUGUUCAUGAAUGUUCUCCCUCCUCUUGUCAGGGCCUGUGUGAUGGGAGAGCAGCGACCAGCUUUUCAAGAGCACAUUUUACCUGAGUGUGGAUCAGCCACUGUCCAAGGCACAAAGCAGUGUGCUAAAGGAAAGAGAAUAGAUUAUUUUGUCCUGAUCUUUCAGUGUUACUUGUCCUCGCUGUUAUUACCUACCUGAGGGUUACUGCAAGCAGACACUGGGACCGAUUGACUCACUGUAACAUAAUUGGCUGAAACCAACUACUUUUACAUUUACUUCUUCCGAUCUUUUCAGAUUUUUCUUUUUCUGAAAAACAGCCAGGAGGGAUUUUUACGUGGCCAUUGGCUCAGAUGUUGCAGAGUAGUUACAACUACAUUUCAAACACGUCAUCUCUCUCAGGUAGCAAGAGAUGGAAAUAAAUCUGCAAUAGGAGCCACCAGGUAGGUCUAUUUCAGGUACCCUGAAAUCCUUUUCUGUGUACAAAGAAAUGCUGUAUUACCCCUGGAUGUACCACUUACUUGGCAGAAAAUGUGCUUCUUAUAUUCGAUGAUCUGACACCUGUUUCCACUGAAGAUCUCACCCUCAGCCACCGCCAAUCCCAGCCCAGAAGGAAGGAGAGUGGCAGCUCUGGAAGAGCAGCUCAGCCCUGAUUCUGUGGAUCCAGUCUUUCCAUAGCUUCAGGUAGAGCUGGGCAGAACAGGGGAGAGGAAGGAGUUGUGAGGUGAGGCACCCUAGAAAUACAGCUUGGUUUUGGAGAUGGAAAAUCAGAUAGUGAAGAAAAAAAAUCUUUGUCUAAGUGAUGUGUCUGUGUAGGUGUUGCACAUCAUGGAGGCAGCUGACAGAAGGAUGGGAUUGUUGGAGCUCCUUUAUUCGGUCUGGGAGAUGAGGAGACUGGCACAAGGCAGGAUGAGGCUGUUGGUCAUGUAAUUCCCCAGGAUGGCUGGAAGCAUCCCAAUGAGCUGUGCUUCCCUGGCAGCCUGGGUGGGCAUGUCCUUAGAGAAGGGACAGCCUCUGCAGCACACACAGGGACGUUCCCACUGCAGCGUGCCAGCCCUCUAGGGAGGAAGGAGUGGGAGCACCAGAGGUGCCCAGGGCUGCAAGCUGGGCAGUGCCCAUGCAUCAGGGCUGGCUGCUCCCUUCACCCUGCACAGCCGGUGCCUCGGGGCUCCCAUCCUGGUUUCCCAAGUGCAUUUCAGAACUGUGGAGCUCAGAUAGAGGGUUUACAUGCUUGGAAGGAUGUUUGGCUUGAGGGUGAAACAGAGGCUUUAGAAUAAUGGGAGCAAAUUUUCAGCCACCUCUUUCGCUCUUAGAGGGUACCUCAGAGGGGACAAUAUCACCUCAGUUUCCCUUUGGCAAGUCUCUUUCAAAAGGUGAAGUCUCUGCUCAUUUCCAGCUGUCACUUGCUGUGGUCUCACUCCUGUGGAUCCUCAACCUCUGCUGCUGAUGAAACAGCUCAUCUGUGGUUCUGUAGAGAUCUUGGAUUUGGGUUCAGGUUGUUUUUCAGAAAGCCAGGGCUGGGUGGGGUAGGGUGGCUGGCUGUAGUGCUUGUGUUCCAUCAGGCAGGGAGCUGCAGUUGUCCCACAAAGUAGCCUCAGUGAAGCACCACUGUGUGUGCAGGAUUCCCUCUUUUUUAAAUUUUCUGCCUGUUGCUAAGCAUCUGUUAUAAAGGUGGAAAAGAUCCCUGUUACAAAAGGGGCUUUCAGACUGGGAACUAAUAACAAAAAUAAAGCUAUGUGGUUAGAAGCACCACCCUAAAUUGUCCAAAAAUCAUGUCUCCAUGUUAGUUUGAAUGUUAUUUUAGCACAAUUUUAAUUUACCACUGUGUGGAAUAGUGGUUUGUUUCCAUGGUAGGCUCCUUGCUCUUGAGGAAAUCACAGGCAGGUGAGGAUGUUGGUGGUGCUGCUGCAGUGGUGGCUGGGAUCUGCCUCUGAGUUCGGACAGUGCAGAGCACUUUCUAGGGAACUUUGUGAGUGUCCAGGUCUGACUGAUGGUGGUGGGGACUCAGUGGGCCUUGAACUCCAGUCUCAUCUCCUGACCAGAGCCAGAGGGACACCUCCCACCCAGGGCAUCCUCCAGCUGGGGUCUGUGGCAACAAUACAGGGAAGGGUGUCAGGGGGAAGCCCAAGGACAUCCCAACAGGAAACAAGAGGAAUCAAAGCUGGGGGUUGUAGGGUUUUUUCUCCUAAAUAAUAAAAAUUAUUUAAUUUUAGAAGUGAGCUUUGUGGACCUUGGCAGAGAGAGGUUUUGAGGGGAGCUUUGUAAGGCAUUAGGCAGUGUGGGCAGCCAUGUCCCAGUUCUUGUCCCAUCACCAAUAAAAAGCCAUGAAAUCAUGCUCUGGCUGUGUCGUGGGUGAACCCUGUGGGGUGAAGGUGAAUCCUGCCCAGCACCCUCAGGCUGCUGGCUCAGGUGUGACAGGUACACAGAGCCAUGGGCCGAAACUGAGCGCCUUUUGCCAGCAGUUUGGUCCCCAGCUCAACCUCAGAGCUCUCCUAGGUGGGAAACACUGUAUUGUCCAUAGCACUCUGAAGACUAAACCCUUUUGGGAUGACCACAGUAGAGAACUGUGACUGGUAUUUUCUAAGUGUAGAUACGUAUGCCGUUCUUUCGAGGCAAGGUACUCUGACAUAUGUAGCAUAAACUGGUCCUGCUGUUAAAUGGGUCGAUUAUUAACUGAGCAGCUGUGUAGGGGGUAGCUAACUUUGAAUGCAUGAAAUCACCCUUCCUCUGGACAUGGCAUGGGAAGUAGGUACCGACUACUUUGUGGUGGGGUAAUGCAAGAGGAAAAUGCAGGUGAAUGAGAAGAGUGGUAAUUUUUAAUAGUAUUUUAAAGAUGGAAAUUGGUACCCGUUCGAUACAUCAUUCACAAUGGUUUUAAUCCCUUCUUUUGCCUGGUUUUUGCUAUUUCCCCCAUAUUGUAAGCUGGGAUUGCUAAAUAGGUAUCAGUCCUUGUAUAGGGAAGGGAAACUGAGGAGAAGUCUCUUUCUAAGAACAGAGAUAGCCAAAUUGUAUUUCCUGACCUGGUGGUCUUAAACCACUGACUUUUCAGAUGAGGCUCAUAUUCAGGCCCAGGGUAUGACAUUCCUGUCCCAUUGGGAUCAAAGACUCCCACCUGGCAGGUGACACUGGGGUGGCACUGAGCUCCUGGUGACUCCUGAUGACGGUGCCAGCAUGGCCCAGUCCAGAAGAACCAGCAGCACAGAUGGGGUGGUCUGGUUUUCUGUCAAUCCUCCACGUUCUGAAAGAGCCACAACAUAAAACAACAAUAGUUCUGCCUUAUGAAGUACCUUCAGAAGCGUCAGCAUGUUGGGGAAGACACUCAUUUCUUGCAAGGUGAUGCAUUCAGAGUUAGCUGCCUUUCUGAAACAAAAAUAAAAAGAAAUUCAAUACCUACUGUAUGUUACUUUGAAAAUGUGAAUAGUAUUUUUAUAGCUUGUUAAAGACACAGCUAGUUGCAUUUGUAAAUAAGGAUAAUGUUGCUUUUAUUUUCCUUGUGAACACCAUUGUUUGGAACAUAAUUGUCCUUAGGGUUGAUUUGUAUAUAGGUAAUUUGCUUGUGAUUUAAGCCCCUCCUCCCCUUUCCUUUCUCUCCCUUCCCACCUUCUGGUUUUGGUUAGAAGUCCCAUUUUCAGCAUUCUGUGUGAUUCCGUGUUUUAGCACUGUUGUGGUGUGUUCAGACUUUCUGCACUUGCUUACACAGUAGGGUAUGCCAAUCGUGUGUGGCGUAAUGUUACUUUAACCUUUCGUUUCUCAUAUUUUAGCUGUUGAGAAUUAUACACUGUUAAAAUUCUUACUGACCUGGGUUAAUAUUAGGUACAUAUUUUAGCAUAAUUUCCCUCCUUUUCAUGGUUUCUCGGGUUUUUUCUUUUUUUUUUUUCCUUUCCCUUCCCUUUUGUCUUGUUUGGAAGCUGGGAAGAAACCUGUGGAUCUUCUCUUUGUGUGGUUCUAUUCCCCACCCCCGUGCAGCCCGGAGUUUCUCCUCAUGGUCCUUGGGGUAGAGCUUUAUCUGUUUGUUCAGGCAAAUGUAGACUGCGACCCACCUAGCAUCAACCCACACUCAUCCCAGCUGAACAAUUUGAAAACUGUUCUGCCUUUUUGUUACAUGAAUCUGUCAGAAAUAUAUUUUUAAUUUAAUAUAAAUGAAAUUCAAUAAAAUAUGAAACAAAGUCUCUGCGCACAAGUGAAAUCUCUUGGAAGGCGUCUU